ACUUUAUCUAUUCUUACAGGGCAAGGGUAAGCACUAAGCACCUCUGAAAUCAUUUAGAAGGUAACUCCAUUGUAGCCAUUGCCAACCCCUAGGAAAUCAUGGCAGCUUUGUCCAAUGGAUGCUAGGGUGGUUUCUAAUUUCUUUGCUAAGACAUGAAUGAGCAUCAAAUCUGCAAUUGUUGAGAAGGGUGAAAGGCUACUAGAAAAGCUUGAAAUCAUGGAGGACAAGAUUAGUGAAAUGCCAGAACAAAUUCUUCAUUCAAUCUUAUCAGUUUUGACGCUGAAGGAGGCGACAGCUACUAGCAUCCUUUCUAAAAGAUGGAAAGACCUCGUGUCCUCUUUCAUGGCACUUACCUCUACCCUCAACUUAGAUGUUGAGAACAUGAUUGGAUACGAGUAUGGCAAAGAAUUCUGGGCUAAAGGUAAUCAAAGAUUUGAAUUUGUAAGAUGGGCUGAUAAAAUCUUGCAGCUUCACCAGCACCAAAAGGUUGAUGUAUUCAGGGUUCAAUUUUGCCUAGGCCAAGGGUCUGCUUGUCAUCUUGAUAGAUGGACUGCUUAUGCUGCAGAGAAGAGAGUCCAAGAGCUUGAGCUUGACCUUGACUUGGAUAUGUCUCUCAAAUAUCUGUUGGAAAAUAAUCUCUACGACUUUCCUUGCUGGCUUUUUCGUCAAGAUAGAGAACCCCACAUAAAGCAUUUGUUUCUGAACUCAUGCAUCCUUAGACUCCCUCCUGAUUUCAGUGCAUUUAGCUCCCUUUCAGUUCUCAGUUUAGAAAAUGUACUCAUAUCUGAAGAAGAUAUUCUGUAUAUCUUGUCCAACUGUUUACUCCUUGAAUCCUUGACAAUGAGAAACUGCCCUUCCAUAGUUAGUUUGAAAAUUGAUGGUCUAUGCCCCCAGUUGAAACAUUUAUGCAUAUCACGGUGUCAUCACUUGAAGAACAUUGAGAUUGUUGCCAUAAAACUUCUUUCCUUUGAGUAUAUUGGAACCAUGCCAAAUUUGUCUUUCAAGUUUGUUCCACAACUUGUAACGGCAUGUAUCUUCACUAGACAGGGAAACUUGAGUAGUGAUAUGACUUAUCCUCUCGAUAGACUUUCAUGUGAUAUUCCUCAGCUAGAGACUUUACUCUUAUCCUCAUCAACUAUGAAGGAAAAUAUGCUGCCACCUAAGUUGUCUACGUUCACUAAUCUAAAGAAAUUGGUGUUGAUGGCUGGCCGUUCAUCAAACAGAGGAAGCCUCAUCCCAUUUACUGCCACCUUUCUUAAGGCUUCGCCUUUUCUGCAGAAAUUCAUGCUGCAUCUGGUGGCUGGAAGUCCUUGUAAAGAAGUAAUUACAGAAAUACAGCUUUGUUCAUCUGAAUUCUCCCAUAACCAACUCAAGGAAGUUCAGAUAAGUGGUUUUAGAUGUUCUCCAGAUGAAAUUGAGCUGGCAUCAUAUAUUGUGAGGAUUGCCAUGGCGCUUGAAAAAUUGAUUAUUGACCCAAAAGUUACUUAUUAUGAAGGCAAAGGCAAAUGGAAUUUCACUGAUGUAAACAAGAUAUGGUCCAAGUGCCUACGCGAAAAUAUUUGUAAAUCACUGUCCAGACUAAUCCCUCCCCAUGUUAAAUUGAUAAUUUUGUAAGCAUUAAAGUGAUUUUCUUAGCAACUAAUAGCGAGUAGCGCCUUCUCGUUUUGCUUUGUAGAGUUGCAAAACAUAGGGGACUGUUUGUUGUAGUGUCUUCUCAUUUUAUUUAUCUUGUAACAUGUAUCUCAGUAACCUCAGAUGUUAAUGAUAUGCUGUGUUUUAAUGAUCAUUACCUUAC